UCUCUUCUAACAUUCUUUUUCCUUUCCAUAACCUCUCGCGGGAAUAAAAACCCCAUCACACUUCCCUCUUCUCCUCCGCAUCGCACUCACUUCCCGAAUCGCAGCGCGCCCGCUAACGUGCGCACCCGUGCGUUCCACCACCGAUCGACGCUCCUCAAUACACCAGAGCUCUUCAAUCCACGCCCAGGGUUUUCUCUUUAUUUAUUCCAUCUCUGUCUUUGGAUGGGGGAUUGAAAAAAGCCCUCAAAACCGUUUGGGUGACAUGGGCGAGGAAGAUAGUAUAAGGAAGAAGAAGGGCAGUUCCGGCAAAAUGAAGCUGAAGCCGGUUGAGAUGAAAGUCGCUGGUGGCGAUUCGGAUGACGACGACGAGCCGAUAGGUUCCCUUUUCAAGUUUAAGAAGCCCCGUACCGGGAAGCGGAGUAAGUCUGGUUUGGUAGGCGUGAAGGUUGAAGCUGCUGGGGUUGAGAAGUCUAGGGUGGGAGAUGUGGAUUUGGGUGGGAUGAAUGAUACCUUGGCUAGUUUUAGGAAGAAGUUGAAGGGGCCUAGGAUUGUUGGGGAGAGUGGAUCUGGACUGUUGGAUCGGUCUUCUGUUAGGGCUUCAAUGGAUGGGGCAGCUGUUGGGCUGGAUUCACCAUCGGCUGAGUAUUUGGAAUGUGUGCCAGGAGCUAAAGGUAAAAGGCGUCAGAGGCAAAAGAGGACCGGGAAGGAACCUGAGUCUCACGGCAGACUGGAUCUCUUGAUUUCUAUGCAGGAACAGGAAGAGAGAAUCUUGAAUGUUGGGGGGAGUUUGGGUGAUUCUUCUGAUGAAAAUAUGAAAGAUUUGCUGUCUGGGUUUGUUCGGAAGGCGCAGUCUGGUUCAGUUAGGAAAGCUCGUUCAUCGUCUAGAAGGAGAGCAGGAAAUGGGUCGGGCAAAACAUCUGCUGGAGUUUCAAAGGAACCACCGGUGACUAUAAUGCCGAAAUCUGAAGGUGGGUUUGUUCCGGGCUCUGAUGGAACUUCCAAGGAUCCGGUGUUGGUUAAGGGUAGGGGGGUUCGCCGUGCUUCUAGAUUUGAUGGGAAUUUGGAUCGAACGUCUGGUGAGAGUUCGGAAGAUGAGCCGCUCUCUGUUGUUGUUGGAAAGGUCAGUUCUGCUUCAGAUCGGAAAGGGACUGCGGAAGCUCGAAGAUCUGAUGAGGGGUUGCGCCAAACUUCUAGUUUAAUUGGGAGGGAUGGAUUGUCUGUUUCUGUCCCACAUACUAUGGAGGAAACUGCAGGAUGUAAUGAUGGUCAAUUUGAUAUAUCUUCCAAGAGAAUCCCAGAAGAUCCAUCGUCUGCUGUACACCGAAGAUCAAAUUCGGGUUCCAUUCCAUGCCCGAGAGAGAAGUCCGAGACACCUGACAAUGACAGUUUGGAUGGAUUGAUCGAAGGGGCUCCUGAGGGAAGAGUCCCGUGCGACGAUGGUUUGGACCAACCUUGUGUUGAAGCCAUGGAAGAUCGUCCAUCUGGCCAAGUUCCAGAAACUUGCUCAGUUUCCUCAGAGAUACCUAAAGAGGAAUAUGUGAGAUCUGAUGAUGGAUUGAAUCAAUCUUCUGAAAUUAUUCCGGCAGUCCUGCUUCGGAAUGCAGCUCAGAAUUCAUGCCCUAUGCGGACAAGGGAAGCCACCUCUUCUUGUUUCGAUUAUGAUCUUUUGAAUGGAGCACAUGAAGAAACACAGAAAGUGAACCAUCCAGGUUGUGAUGAUUGCUUGGAUAAAAUUUCUAAAAUUACUAAAAAAGAAUUUCCCGAUCAUGUUCCGAAGUUUGCUUCUGUUUCCAACCUAAUUCAGGCCGAGGAAACCACGGGAUGUGAUGAACUGAAACUGCCUGCUUUUGAAAAUAUGCAGGAUGGUUUGUCCUGCCUAGAUGGUAAGUCUUCUAUGACUUCCAUGCCAAUGCAGAUGGACCAAACACUCCCGUCUGAUGAUGGGCUAAAUAAAUGUUCCAAUAGACUUUUGAAAGAUUUCCAGUCUCAACGUAAGACAUCUUCAUCAGGUUCAAUAAAGAUAGAAGCAACACCUUGCUGUGAUGAUGAUCUGAAUCAACCUCCUGAUGAAUCAAUAGGAAAUCCCAUAUUUGUUGCAAUACAAAAACCUCACCUUGCUUCAGUAGCAACGGAAAUAGAAGUAAUCUCAAGAGCUGAUGGUGGAUUGGAUCGACUUUAUGAUGGAAUGUUAUCUGUUUUGCCUUCAGAAGCAUUAGAAAAGCCGGAUCUUGCUUCUUCUUUGAAUCACAAGGAGGAACUAACAGAUACUGGUGAUGUCUUGAAUCAGUUCUCUGAUGGACUUGCAAUUGAUUCAACCAGCUUUAUUAAAAAGAGCUGCUCAGAUUCCCCGCAAACUCAACCUUCAGAUGAUGCGUCGGAAAGGCAAUUUGAUGAUGUCCCAGUUCGAGAUUCUUUCUCUGUUAAGGAAGGCAAAUCAGCUGGUGGUCAGUCCAUAAUGCCUGAUCUAAAGGAAACAUAUCCAGAUGACGCAGGACGGGCAUCUGAUCCUGACAAAUUAGAUAAGAAACUCUCAGAGAUGCAACGAGCAGUGCGAAAAGUCAAGAAGCGUAGACAUGGUGACAUGGCUUAUGAGGGGGACAUUGAUUGGGAAAUCUUGAUGCAUGAGCAAGGACCUUUUGAAAAUAAUCCUUUCAUUGAUGGUGACCGCCCUAUGAAAACGAAAGACAAGCCUGAUACCCGUUCAAAUAUGUUAGCCGAGGCUAAUAAUGGAGGUGCAGCAGCGGUAGCAGCUGGGCUGAAAGCUCGUGCUGUUGGCCCAGUUGAAAAAGUUAAAUUCAAGGAGGUCUUAAAGCGCAGAGGUGGCCUACAGGAGUACAUUGAAUGCAGGAAUUUUAUCUUAGAUCUUUGGAGCAAAGAUAUGUGCCACAUUUUGCCGCUUGUAGACUGUGGUGUAACUGAUGCUCCAUCAGAAGAUGAACCACCACGUGCAUCCCUUAUUCGGGAGAUUUAUUCAUUUCUUGACUACAGCGGUUAUAUAAAUGUAGGCAUUGCUUCAGAGAAGGAAAAGGCGAAAUCUCAUAGUAUUCCUCAUCUCAAACUUUCAAAAGGAAACAAACCUAAUGAAACUAGUGGGGGCCAAAAUGCUGAUUCACAGGAGGAAGUUGGCUACAUUCUCGGUCAGGUUAAGAUUUCUGAAUAUCUUAUUGCGGUAAAGAAUAACGUAUCUGUUGCGGAUGGAAGACUGGCAUCAGCACUCGAUGUGGAAGCUACGAAAAGUGACUAUUUAGUGCCUAGCAAGGGACCAGAAACUGCAUCUUGUAAGUUGCAUGCUGGCAUGCAAACUGCAUGUGUAGCAUGUGCACCGGUACCAGUCAGCAGUGAGAAAAUUGAGGUGUCCGAAACAUGCUCAGAUGGGAAAGUUCUACCCAAGACUGGGUCUUGCAUGCCUCUAAUGACUGACCGGGAGGAUGAUUGCAUGGAUGCACAAGUAACAAAUACAGCAGCCGAAUUGGAUGCUUCUAGUACAGACCCAUCUUGCAAAACAGUGGAUGGUGGACUGGAUUCUGCCUCUGCUUUGGAUCAGAUAAAAUCUUCAUGCAGUAAGCAUCAACCGACUGAUAUCAACAGAGAAAACGUGGCACAUGUUGGAAGCAUUAGGAUUGAGUGUGCUGGAAGAGAUCCAAUGGAGGUGAAUGAUAUAUUGCAAUGUGAUCAGGAAGUUUGUAAAAGAGUAAUCAUUAUAGGAGCUGGUCCUGCCGGCUUAACUGCGGCUCGCCACUUGCAACGCCAAGGUUUCUCUGUCAAUGUGCUUGAGGCUCGGAAUAGGAUAGGGGGUCGUGUUUAUACAGACCGCUCAUCACUUUCAGUUCCUGUGGAUCUUGGUGCCAGCAUUAUCACUGGCGUUGAGGCAGAUGUUGCAACUGAAAGAAGACCGGAUCCAUCCUCCUUGAUCUGUGGUCAGUUAGGUCUCGAGUUGACUGUGUUGAACAGUGACUGCCCUCUAUAUGAUAUCGUUACGGGUCAGAAAGUUCCUGCUGAUCUGGAUGAAGCUCUGGAGGCAGAGUAUAACAGUCUCCUUGAUGACAUGGUAGUGCUUGUUGCACAAAAUGGUGAAGGUGCCAUGAAAAUGUCUCUCGAGGAGGGAUUAGAAUAUGCCCUGAAGAGGCGUCGCGUGGUUCAGUCAACAGCAGUAGCCAAAGAAUCUGAUCAAUUUAAGAUUCCUUAUGACUCCGAAGUUUUGGAUACUUCAGCGAAUGGUUCUGUUGAUACUGCAAUCGAAAAUAAUGCUGAUAACAGACUCCUGGACAAUAGUAUUUUGUAUGAGGAGCUUUUGAGUCCUCUGGAGAGGAGAGUGAUGGAUUGGCACUUUGCAAACUUGGAAUAUGGUUGUGCUGCUUUGCUUAAGGCUGUGUCCCUUCCUUACUGGAAUCAAGAUGACGUCUAUGGAGGAUUCGGUGGGGCCCAUUGUAUGAUUAAAGGGGGUUACAGUGCUGUUCUGGAAUCUUUAUGUAAAGGGCUCAGUAUCCACUUGAACCAUGUUGUUACAGAAGUCAUGUAUAAUACAAGGGACUCUGGAGGAACAAGCGGAAGGUGCAGUGAAGUAAAAGUUUCCACAUCAAGUGGUGAUGAGUUUGUAGGUGACGCAGUUCUCAUUACUGUGCCCCUGGGCUGCUUAAAGGCGAACAUGAUCAAGUUCUCUCCAGUUCUACCGGACUGGAAACAAUCUUCUAUUCAACGACUUGGCUUUGGUGUGCUGAAUAAAGUAGUAUUGGAAUUUCCAGAAGUUUUCUGGGAUGAUACGGUGGAUUACUUCGGAGCUACUGCAGAGGAAACGGACUGCAGGGGACAAUGCUUUAUGUUCUGGAACAUCAAGAAAACAGUUGGUGCUCCUGUUCUUAUUGCACUUGUGGUGGGUAAGGCAGCUAUAGAUGGCCAAAGUAUGAGCUCCUUGGAUCAUGUGAAUCAUGCGUUGAUGGUUCUCCGUAAACUUUUUGGGGAGGCUUCCGUACCCAACCCUAUUGCAUCUGUUGUUACGAAUUGGGGCAAGGAUCCUUUCAGCAGGGGAGCUUACUCAUACGUUGCUGUUGGAGCAUCUGGAGAGGAUUAUGAUAUUUUGGCAAGGCCUGUCGAGAACUGUUUAUUUUUUGCAGGUGAAGCUACCUGCAAAGAGCACCCAGACACUGUUGGCGGUGCAAUGAUGAGUGGCCUUCGUGAAGCAGUACGCAUAAUUGACAUAUUCAACACUGGAAAUGAUUGUACAUCAGAAGUAGAGGCAAUGGAGGCUGCACAGAGACAGUCUGAUAGUGAAAGGAAUGAAGUGAGAGACAUGGUGAAGAGACUUGAUGCAGUUGAACUUUCCAAUGUUCUGUGUAAGGGCUCUUGGGAUGGGACACAGAGGUUCUUGACCAAGGAUGCCUUACUAAGGGAUAUGUUCUCUAACACAAAGACUACUUCUGGCCGACUUCAUCUGGCGAAAGAGUUGUUACGUCUUCCUGUUGAGGUUUUGAAGUCGUUUGCUGGGACCAAAGAAGGGCUUAGUACGCUCAACUCAUGGAUACUGGAUUCAAUGGGCAAGGAUGGGACUCAGCUCCUGCGCCACUGUGUUCGCUUGCUCGUGCGUGUGUCAACUGAUUUGCUUGCUGUCCGCUCGUCUGGUAUUGGAAGGACCAUAAAGGAGAAAGUUUGUGUACAUACUAGCCGUGAUAUCCGAGCAGUAGCAAGCCAGCUGGUCAGCAUGUGGAUUGAAGUUUUCCGGAAGGAAAAAGCUGCUAAUGGCGGGUUGAAGUUACUGAGGCAAACGGUUGCUUCAGAUUCAUCAAAGAUUAAAUCCAAGGAUAUAGGCUCAGGAAAGCCACCUCUACGUAUGAGUAACGAAGUGUCAGAUAGCAGAGGAAAUCUGCAGGUUCCUUCAUCUGCCGGAAGUGAUUCACCUUCUAAUCCAAAUAAUAAGAAAGUGGAUGGCAGACCUGCCAAGUUAGAAACUAUGAAUGACACAAAGGCCAAGAUUAACCCACGUCCAAGCCAUGCUAUACAAAAUAGAGAUUCGAAGUUGGACGAAAGCAAUGUAUUGUCUGAAGCAGAAGCUGCUGCCUUUGCUGCAGCCGAAGCAGCUCGUGCUGCUGCUCUUGCAGCUGCAGAGGCGUAUGCAUCUUCAGAAGCAGAAUGUAGCACGUUGCGUGAGCUUCCGAAGAUACCUUCAUUCCACAAAUUUGCUAGACGUGAGCAGUAUGCGCAGGUGGAUGACUUUGACGUCAGGAGGAAGUGGUUGGGAGGCAUGUUAGGAAGGCAAGAUUGUAUAUCAGAAAUAGACUCAAGAAACUGCAGGGUUCGAAACUGGUCUGUAGAUUUCUCUGCCACCUGUGGCAAUAUUGACAGUUCAAGAACAUCUGGUGACAACUACACACAACGGAGCAAUUCGAAUGACUUGGGAGGCCAUUUGAAUGUCAGAGAGCAUUCGGGGGAAAGUGUGGCUGUCGAUUGUAGAUUGACAAAAGCGUGGGUUGAUAGUGCUGGCAGUGGAGGGGUAAAAGACUACCGUGCCAUUGAGAUGUGGCAGUCACAAGCAGUUGAUGCUUAUUCUGAUUACUUUAAUCCAUCUGUACAUGUAAGGGACGAGGAGGAUUCAAAUAAGAUGUCAAAACUAUCCAUCGGGAAGACUGAAAGAGAAGGGGAAGAGAGUUCUGGUUCACUAGCUGCCGAAAACAAAGGAUCUGUAGGGAACCAACCAAGGGGAGCAGAGCAUAUUAAACAAGCUGUUGUGGACUAUGUGGCAUCAUUGCUCAUGCCUCUGUAUAAAGCUAGGAAGAUAGACAAAGAAGGAUACAAGUCAAUAAUGAAGAAAAGUGUGACUAAGGUCAUGGAUCACAGCACUGAAGCAGAGAAAGGGAUGACUGUUUAUGAAUUUCUUGACUUCAAGCGGAAGAAUAAGAUACGUUCCUUCGUGGACAAGUUGAUCGAGAGACAUAUGGCAAUGAAUCCAAACACGAAACCGUGAUGCUUCGAAGGAUCAAUUGGAGAGUGAACUUUUACUCAACAGCCUGUUAUGUACAUGUCCUUUACAUAAGGUACAGAAUGGAUUUAAGGUUGCCCCCCCCCCUUAAUUCCCCGAAUCAGUUUAUCACGAUCUGUCCAUUGAAGGUGGUGGUUCGGGAGAAGUGGCUGCUCAUGGAACAAUCUACGGAAUGUGCAUCAAACGACAGUGAUCUGGUGGGUUGUGGUGGCAUCUGGCACUGGGUUUUGAGGUAGCCAGUACCCAAAACCAUCAGCCGAUUUAAGUGACAGCACUUCGCUACUCACAUGGGCAAAGUACCUCAAAGAUUGGCUUCGACCCUGACUUGAGCCAGAGAGGACAACCAUUUCCAGAUGGGUCCAAGCCUGUAGUUCAAUGGUAGACGGCUUGCAUUUCAACAUUGGGUCUUGGGUUCAAACCCAGUUGACCUGCCAAAAAAGCCAUUUGAGGAUGCAGUUGAGCAGCAAGCCAUUUGUUCAUGAGAAUCCAUUGCAAUGGGUUUGAAGGAAUUCAAUAUUCUUCUUUGGGAUGAGGAAUGUCAGAAUCAGCUCCAAUUUUCAUAUCAGUCGGACCACCUGAAGAAUUGCUUUAUCCGUCGGAGUUUGUAUUCUUGAAACUACAGAUUAACCACUAUUCUUUCUUCAGGGAUCGCCAAAGCCAAGAUACUACAUUGUAUUUUCUUUGUACAGCUUCGGUUGAUCCUGACAUCAACAACUUACAUGACAGUUUCUUUAUUCCCUUUUGAAGUAGAUUGUGACUGCCCCAUAAUCUAAACGGAAGUCUUUGUAAACUGUUAUCCUCUUGUUCUAACACCAGCAAAGGUAGGUUUAUUCGCUCCCUCAGUGUUCUUCUUGUGCAGAUCUACAUUGGUGUGAGUCCUGUGGAUCAAUAUAUGAGAGAUGUAAUGGCAGUUUGAAGGUUCUGCUUUUCGUUUUCCCUUCUUUUGUGCAGACUCGCUUUGAUGAUGAACUGUUUACAUCAAGAUCAGGGAAGUGGAGUUUUUGUUAAUUAAAGAUCUGUAUUUAACAAGUUCUACCAGCAUGGCAUUCUGGAAACUUUUGGUCUUC